AUGGCUAGCCUCUACAUCCGAACCCGGAACAAAGAGCAGCUGUCGUUCACAUCGCAACACGCCUUUCUUUAUGAGACCCGGAUAUGUGGGCCAGGAAACAGCCCGGGAGGUCGUAGAGGCUUGGUACUUGCAUGGUGGCCCAAGACGUGGAAUCGUGUCUCUCUUGCCACGGUCGAGUACAUGACACGCACCGACGCUUUCUUCGUUGGCCUAAACCCCUCAACCAUUCUCCGUACUCUCAGCCUUGAGGUUUACAUCGACUUCCUUUUCAUGACAUACGAACGCAACGGACCGUCAGACCAAGCAUGCAUCGACUCGCUCCUCCGGAUCAAGAAAAAAGCCGAUUUCAAAUUAAGUUUCACCCUCAAGCAGAAAUACAUCAGCUUCCACUACUGGUCUUUAGCCUUCGACAUGCUCAGGCACGUAGUGGAUGUGUUUGAGAAAGAGGGCGCAACUGUCCAAGUCACUUUUGUUUACCUUCACGACGGGCUCUAUCCGAAGCUACAAUGGAACAUGCUGGAAGCAUUAAAAAGCGGCAACGACGACUGGAAGGCGGGCGCAAAACGUGAUUUGGAGAAGGACCGCCGGCUCAGAAAGAGACACAGGGUGUAUGAAGCCGACACCCUGGCUGAAGAUUCGGAUUACGACGAACUGGAUUAUCGUUCUGAUGAUGAUAAUAGUAAAAGACCGUACUAUGGACCACACAGCGAUGACGGUGGCGAGUCCCCCUCAGAAAUGGACUAUAAUGCGGAGAAUAUGUACAGAACGUAUUUCGAGCCACGAGACUUUGAGCCUCCUCCUCCUCCUCCCAAAAUACGCCGGCCGGCGUGGGAAGAACAUCUACUGUUGAACGAAUAA